AUCAUCAGUAACUUAAAUUACACGUUAAUUAUAACUUUUGUGCCAAUAACAACAGCUGAUGAUCUCAUGUGUGCGUCAGUGCUCUGUUUGUCACGGGGAAAACACAUUUUGCUAUAUCUGUCAGAGUGUUUUGGGCCUUACAGGCGUCCGUACUGGGUUUCGCCAACGUGACUCUGUGGGGCGGUGCGAGAGAAUUGACAGGACUCUGCAGAAAUAUAAUCGAUAGUCACAGCAGAAGUCUGUGUAAUAGUAUUAAAAUGAACUCAUCUAAUAAGACCAUCACUGUCAUUGGCAGUGGGCUCAUCGGUCGCUCCUGGGCCAUGGUGUUUGCCAGUGGAGGCUACAAUGUGAAGAUCUAUGACAACCAACCUGGACAGGCUGCCAAGGCCAUCAAAGAGAUCAGGAAACAGCUGGAGGAGCUGGAGGCUGCCCACAUGUUGAGAGGGGAGCUCAAUGCCACACAGCAGAUUGCCCUAUUCAGCAACUAUGAUGACCUCGCUCAGGCACUGGAGGGAGCCUUCUUCGUUCAGGAGUGUGUCUUUGAACAACUGGAGGUCAAGCAGAAUGUCUUCCAGGACAUCGAGCGUCUUGCAGGAAAAGACGUCAUCCUGAGCAGCUCCACCUCCUGUCUGGUGCCAAGCAACGUCUUCUCCAAAGUCCAGAACAAAAGUCGCUGCAUAGUCUCCCAUCCGGUAAAUCCCCCCUACUAUGUUAAACUGGUGGAACUGGUGCCUCACCCAGAGACUGCAUCCACUGUUAUGGACACCACCCAUGCUCUGAUGACAGAGGUUGGUCAGGCGCCUGUCCGUCUGAAGAAAGAAAUAGACGGGUUCGCCCUCAACAGAGUGCAGGCGGCCAUUAUUGCAGAGUCCUGGAGGCUGGUCCAGGAUGGCAUCAUCUCAGUCAAGGACAUCGACCUGGUCAUGUCAGAGGGACUAGGAAUGCGUUACGCCUUCAUUGGUCCCAUGGAAACAAUGCACCUUAACGCACCUGAAGGUUUGGAAGACUAUAUGAAGCGAUAUGGGGAAGGCAUACAGAGAGUCCUGACCUCCUUUGGGCCUGUACCAGAGUUUUCUAACGAGGGAGCCAAGACCAUCGUGAAUGAGAUGUGUGAGCUGAUUCCCAGUGACCAGGAGCAUCUGUCUGCCCGGAAGGAGAGGAGGGACCAGCUUCUAAUGAAACUGGCCAAGCUGAAGAAGGAUCACUAAGACAAUCCACAGCGGGUCCAACAUCUGGGAAAGUUGAUUAUACUCAGUGACUUAGUCUGGUAACGGUAACGGUUUUAGUCUCUUCUUGUGACCUCUACCUGAAGCUACUGAGCCUGAUUUAUAGAACAAACAUGAAUUAGACGUGUGUAAUUUCUUAGACAUGUGAGUUUCAGGAGGAUGAAAGAACGUGUCGGAUGAACACAGUAUUUCAUCACAUUUCAGGUUGACAACACAUUUGGUAAAUUGUUCUACAACGAUGAAAUGUUGCCUUAUUAAGUGUUUUCUAUGGAUCUAAUUGUUAAGUCUAAGGCAUCACUACCAAUAUGAGAAAACUGUACAUUCCUUCUAGAUCUACACUAUAUUUUAUCUUUUGAUUAAAACAUGAUCACAAGAUUAAUUAAAGGAGAUUAAUCAAUUCUCUGGUGCUAACCCCAUAUUAUAGCGACACAUUUCAGAAUUACAUCUCAAAGUACAGUAUGUCUUAAAUGAAGACAGUGGAACGAUGCAUGUAUGUCAUUUCGUUUUCAAUUCACUUAAUAAAAUUUUCGUUGUCUUAAUCCUAAUGGGAAGUGGAACAAUACAAUCAAACAUUAUAUAUUUAAAGAGUGAA